AUGAAGUCCUGGCCACACACCCGCUUGCGAAAGCAGCAAAAAGAGCAGCCCGGACGCUGCCACCUCAUGGAAUUACCAACCGAGUUACUGCUUGAGAUCAACUCCCACCUCACGCUGAUCCCCGAAGCCGCCUUCGCCCUAACCUGCAAGCGCAUGCUCGCUAUUUCAGGCGAAAUUCUCAGCUCGAAAUCCUUACGAUUCACCCGCGACUUCGCCCCUCUCUUUCACCAUUAUCGCAAUGGCCAUAAUUUUGCUACACCACGGUGGCAAUUCAUUACACUCUUGGAGAAUAGCCGCUGGCGCACAUGCUCCAAAUGCCUGAAGUUACACCCACGAACCGCCUUCUCAUCGAGAGAAAUCCGACGCAAGGCUGAGAAUAGAACUUGCAAUGUGGGUGAACUGGCCGGCAUCGUUGAUUUAUGCCCGUGCAAGAAAUUGACAUUCCGCGAUAAACUGGAUCUCAUCGACCAUCUUCGGGUACGAAAGAUUUCACUGCGAGCCCUGAACUCGCAGUUUGGAAAUACGGUCUCCGAUCGCUAUUGCUGGCACUCGUGCACGGAACAAUACGGACCAACUCAACUCAAGAUGUCAUUAUUCCCUGAGUUGAAUGAAGAGGAUCAGUUGGUUAUGCACUCGGAGUAUCAACUUACAACCGAAUCCGGCCAGGUUGGCAAGGAGGAAUACAUGACACCGCGCUUCGGAUGUGCCCAUCGCUCUGUUGACCUUUGGUUAUCGAGUGUUUACCAGUCCACCAUUUGUCGGGUUUUCGAUUCAUUUUGUGCGUCUUGCAAACGGAUUACGGUUUGUAGUGCGUGUGACACAACACUCAAAUGUCGUCGGAAACAGCCGUACAAUACUGAAGAGGGCGGCAAGGUCACAUACUCUUUUUGGACACAAAGAUCUCUCGGAGGCUCUGGCAAUGUGCCCGAUGCUGCUUGGGGGGGUUCAAAGAAUCCAUCCUGCAGAACCGUCCAUUGGCGUGGAGAACUGCAAUGA